AUGUUUGCAUCCUCGUUGGUGCCUCCAGAAAGGAGUACCAAGUGGGAAUUCAUACCCAUAGGCAAGAGGCGCCCUCCACAGCAGUCGAGUCUGCCGGAGGUCCAUCGAAUGGCCAUAAACAGCGACAAGAUCUCCAACUCGCAGAUAGAUACGAGUUUUGAAAACACAGACAAUACAGAGACUCAGAAUCUGAUGAAGCUGCAAAUACAGGGUGUUUCUUCCCUCACAUCGCUGAACAAUGCGCGUCUGGGUGGCCUUUUUGAUGGGUUCUUCAGACAAAGAGAUAAGAUAGUAGGUGAUGGAGGCGGGCUGGUUCAGGAACUCACUUCGAAACUCGAGACGCUCCAGCAAGAAAACUACAACUUGAAGUUUGAAGUGGCCACGUUGACAAAGUAUAUGCGUAAAACACCCGAAGAACAGAGAAACAUGGUGUAUGAGAACAUGGAGCUCAAGCAGAAUUUGGCUCAUGCUUUAGAGGAGCUUGACACGUUGAGAACCGGGUCCGAGACGGUAGAAGCCAGUGACAGCCCUCAGAGGGCCAUGGACGCGAUAAAGCUGCUGUAUAAGGAGGCAUUGGCAGAAAAGGACGAUAUAAUCAUGGAAAUGAGAGCUCAGUUGGAGCAAUUACGUACGGAGCUGAGCAAGAGCCAUGUCUCCGAUGAACUAUACGAGCGAUUAGAACGCUUGCAGAAUGAAAACCAGCUGCUCCGGAGGAAACUCACCGAUUCGGCUUCCCAGGUUGACCUCAACCAGACACACCUUCAUGAGGAAAAUAAUGAAUUAAGAGCGCGCGUGCACCAACUCGAGCUUCAGCAACUGAAAGUGCCACUGGACGCCAAUGAACGUAUUCUGGAGCUAGAGAGUGAGUGUCAAAUACUCACGAGAAAACUUCGCGAGGCAGUAGAAGAUCUAAAGCUGGUAGAGGGCGAAAAAGAGACCAUUGAACUGAACGCAAAAUCGUUGAAGUCGACAAGAGAUGCAUUGGAGCAAAGAAUCGACUCUUUGAACCAUGAGUUGAAAGUUCUUCAAGACGAAAGAGAUUCUUUGGAUGCCCUUGUCCGCCAAAUACGGUCCAAGGAUCCUGGCAAAGAGAAGCAAAUUGAUGACUUGCAAGCACAAAUGAGCAAGCUUACCGCAAGCUCUAGCAGGCGUGAACAGCAGCUCAAGGAGGCCAUUACGGAGGCUAGAGAACUUAGAGCACGGAUACGUGCCCAAGAAGACGACCUCCUUGAGAAGCAGCAUGAAGUCGAUCGUCUCUCACGUAAAAAUGCUCACUUAGAGAGUGAGUUGGCAUCAAGCGGUUCUGUUGAUAAAAAUAGAGGAAGGGACAGCUCCGCAAAGUUCUACGAGGAUCAAAUUGAGGAGCUACGCUUGGAUGCCCAGAAGAUGAAGUCACAAAAACGUGACCUCGAAGAUGUCAUUGCUGAUUUGGAGGAUCAGUUGUCCAACAGACUUCAUUUGAAGAAUGAUCAGCAGUAUGAAAUCGAUGAAUUGCAUGAGAGGGUUGACUUCUAUGAGAAAGAGUAUAACAGUCUCGUUGAAGAAAUGGAGAGGAGCACGAUCAAGUAUGAGUCUUUGAAGGAAGAUCUUGACGCCAAGGAAACUCAGCUUGAAAAACUCAAAGCUGAGUUAAGAAUUGCACAGAGGGAACUGCAACGCUCCGAUCCAAUGUACUAUGAACUAGAGAAGAAGCGCGACGAAGACAAGAUAUAUAGACUUGAACGCCAGGUUGAGUCCGUCACAUCCACCAAUAGACAACUCGAGCGGGAGAUCGAGGAAGUCAGGAGGUUAUCAGAUGUUACCGUCAAGGACAAAGAACGUCUUCUCGCAGAGGUACACGAAUUGGAAUCAAAAAUGAAGGACAGCAAGCUUGCGCAAAGUAAGCUCGAAACCAAUGUGAGGGAUAAAGAGGAAAUCAUCGAUGCGCUUGAGUCACGCUUGAGGUCUUUGAGUCGUGACGUCAAUGGUAAGAGGUACGAGGAAUCAUACGCAGCAAAGGCUGAAGUGAACUACGAAAUGCAAUCUCUACAACGUGAGAAAGAACGCCUGGAGCGUGAGUUAGAGAGACUUCAAAAGGAGCUCACUGAGCAGCAACGUUAUUAUGAAAACAAAAUCGAUCUUUUGAAGGAGCGUACGAGAAUUGAGACGAUGCCUGACGACUCUGCGAUGGUCGCUCUUCUUGAGAGUCAGCUUGAAGAGUUGAAGCGUGAUUACAAAGCUUUGCAAGCUAAACAGAAUGACUCGAGAAAGACUGAAAUCUCAGCUGCCUUGGAUGAUUAUAGAGAGAGGAUCGCUGAAUUAGAAAGCAGACUUAGCGCUUCGCAAAAGGAUAAGAAUAAGCUCAAGGAGGUAAUUGAUAACUUGGAGACAGAUAUGAAAGUGUUGGCACUGGAGAAAACUCAAUUCGAGAUUCGAGCGAAAAACUUAGAUCUGGAACUCACAAGGACCACUCGUCAUUGCAACAGGCUUGCAAGGAAGAUUAAUGAUAUCGACAUUGCUGAGUAUAAGAACUCGAGUCGAAACUCUGAGGAGAUUGUCCGAGUGAGGAAAGCCAACGCCCAACUACAGGCCCACAUAGACUCUCUCAACGCCAAAUUGGCCCAAGUUUCGACGCCCAAUCCAUUCAUUGCACCCAGGCACGCGGGUAAGAGCUCCACCGAGCAAAGACUCCAACAAAACGAGCUUCUUUUUUACAAAGCCAAGCUUUACGACCUCCAGAACAAGGCAAACGACAUAGCACUGGUGCAUUCGAUGGUAAUGUCGUCACUUCGCAAUGCAGAUGCUGAAUUCCGUAGCGAGCUUGCCAAAACAGCACUUUUGGGGAUUCAUCCCGACUUCGAACGCCAGCCACGCAAGAAGCCAACGUUUAAAGCAGUGGCCCAAUUCGUGCUUGCCGCGGUAAGGAUCAAGAAUAGACACGAGCGUGCAGCCGCAAGAAGGAAGCAGCUCCUACAGCUUCGUGAAGAGAUCGAAAAAGACCGCAUCACUUUGUUGGCAGAAUAA